GUCCCAACCCUUCUAUCGUUCCUAGCAAGCCCAGACACAUCGAUAAAGGACUUGUCGAUCUUCCUGCUUUAUGCGCUCACAAAAAAAUCAUCCUCCACAGAAAAACAAAUUACGGAAUACUUGAUGAAUUCUCUAAAGCGUGACUCGCCGGAGAUGCCAGCCCCAAGUUUCACCAUUCUCUCAAAAUCCCUCGAGACGUUUUUUCCUAUAUUCCCGGACUCCAUGACGCGAAUCUACGUUUCUGAGGCCUGCAAACAGGCAUUCCUCUACCAGGGUCUCCUACUCAACCCGGAAAAAGACGUGAACGACUAUUCCACGGCACAGCAGCUUUUGCAAGUGUUGUCUCUGUCGUGUAUCAGAGAAACAGCGCGGAAAUUCAACACUGAGAAUUAUCUUCCGCUUCUCAUAGCCGGAACGGCCCUCGAGUCGUCACCCACCAUCAGGUCACUUCUGCUCUUGUGCGUGGUGAAAUUGUGGAACUUCAGUGCCAUUGAGAAACAAAUCUCCAUGGACACAGUGUUCACCAAAACACUCUCUCUUUUCAUAUCUGCGGAUCCGGCCUCGCUAGAAUGUAUAUCCUUGCUCGAGGCAUUAGCAUAUCUAUCACUAGGUGCGGCGACUAAAUCUGCCCUUCGAGCGAAUGAACAGGCGAUUGAACAACUUGUUUUGCUUUUGGAAACUUCUUUGGAUCCACUGGUCAUAUACGGGUGCUUGCUGGUGAUUCUGAACUUGUGCCGGAUCAAAAGUGCCGAUCAAGAUAAAGACACCAACACGCUCAAUUACCUCAAGUCCAUGGCGACGGAGAAGUCCACCGCGGAUGACAGCGAGGAGUCUGUCAUUGCUUUUAAUCUGGAUUUAGUGUCAGAACACAAGUUGGUGAGUACGAUGGCAGCUUUGAAGAACGUAAAGGAAAACUCAACGGCCCACAUAAUCCAGAUUAUUUAUUCGCUAACUACAAAGCAAAGCGUCGCUACGCAUAGAAUGAUUGUCUCGCAAGGCGGGUUGAACAUCAACAUCAAAUACCUCGUUGAACAUAGUAAAGUCAUCAAGGAAACUUCCAGCACCACUGCGGCUUCAAGCGAUGAGACGCUGCUGGAAGUCAGGCUCCAAAGUCUUCGCGCAUUGGCCACUUUAUGUCGCUCGGUAAACCCCACAUUGGCAUUUUCGAAAUAUGAUGUGAAAACAUGCGUCCCCUUUCUAGUUGAGCUUCUAGGCCCAGAUCUGACUGUUGGUUUAAAAGCACCAUUUCUCCCCGAAUCCUUUAUGGGACCUGGUGACAAGUUGUGCUCUUUGCUUGCCCUCACGAACUUAUCCUCAAAACCUGAUCCGGACCUUCAUCAAUCGAUAGUUAGUCGGGCUUUCGAGCAACACCUCAAAAAUCUCAUGCUUGACAGCACGCUUUUUGCCGUGCAAAAGGCCACUUGGGAACUCAUUAAUAACUUGGUUGCGGCUAGCCCAUUGAUGUUGGCAAAGUUCUUCAACCCCGAAAGCGCUGAGAGCCGGAGGAACUUGGACCUUUUGGUGAAAAUGCUCCAUUCACAGGACGAGUCCUUGCAAAUUGUCAUUGCGGGAUUGAUCGCGAAUGCCACCAUGGAAUUUGAUCUCGUCUCUGUUUCGAUACUUGUACAAAAGCCGAUUUUCGAAAACCUUUGCCAGAUAGUUGCCUCAAUUUUCAAUCAACAAGCGCAAAAUGAUGACUUGAUUCUUCGGGUAGCCACGUUUUUGCAACACUUGACCUCAGUGGCCAAGGCUUCCCAAAAAGAAGCAUUGAGCGUGCUCAGAACAGACCCUGCUCUAAAGAGUGGAAUAAAAACUGUGGUGGUUACUACGAAAGACGCUAACAUCAUGUCACUUUUACGUGAAACAAUCCAGCUUGCAGAAAUGAAG